CAGAAACAAAUUUGACUCUAAAAAGUUGAAUAGAUUAAACAAAGAUUAGAUUAACAAGUUCAACAACAACAGCUUCGCACACGUCUGUCUUAUUCCCCGAAAGUUGCAAUUCUUUUCGCUUUCCACAGCUUCUCGCCACAUCUUUCAGCGCCGGAAAUGAACCGUGACGGCGCCGGAGAAGGCGACUCUGUUUCACACGAACCUUCAACAUCUAAAAGUCCUAAAGAAGUAGAAGAGACGAAGAAAGAGGAAAAAAGCGAUGAAAAGGCGAAGACAGUUCCUUUCUACAAGCUAUUUGCGUUUGCAGAUUCUUUUGAUGUCCUCUUGAUGAUAUGUGGCUCAAUUGGAGCUAUUGGGAAUGGUGUGUGUUUACCUCUUAUGACAUUGUUGUUUGGUGAUCUCAUAGAUUCCUUUGGAAAAAUCAGAACAACAAAGACAUUGUUGAUGUUGUCUCGAAGGUUUGUCUUAAAUUUGUCUACCUUGGACUUGGAACACUUGGAGCAGCCUUUCUUCGUAAAGGUGGCUUGUUGGAUGAUUACGGGAGAGAGACAAGCCGCGAGGAUAAGAAGUACGUAUCUGAAAACAAUUCUGAGACAAGACAUUGGAUUCUUUGAUUUGGAAACAAACACAGGAGAGGUUGUUGGUAGAAUGUCUGGAGAUACUGUUCUUAUUCAAGAUGCCAUGGGUGAAAAGGUUGGGAAGUUUAUUCAGCUGGUAUCUACUUUCGUCGGCGGAUUUGUUUUAGCUUUCAUUAAAGGAUGGUUACUAACAUUGGUUAUGUUAACUUCGAUCCCUCUUCUGGCUAUGGCUGGUGCAGCCAUGGCGAUUAUAGUCACUCGAGCUUCUUCUCGGGGACAAGCCGCUUAUGCAAAAGCAGCAACUGUUGUUGAACAGACUAUCGGGUCUAUCCGAACGGUUGCUUCUUUUACUGGAGAGAAGCAAGCCAUUAACAGCUACAAGAAGUUCAUAACAUCGGCGUAUAAAUCAAGCAUUCAACAAGGUUUCUCCACCGGUUUAGGACUAGGAGUAAUGUUCUUCGUGUUUUUCAGCAGCUAUGCUUUGGCUAUCUGGUUUGGUGGGAAGAUGAUACUCGAAAAAGGGUAUACCGGUGGCGCUGUGAUCAACGUGAUCAUCAUUGUGGUUGCGGGUUCAAUGUCGCUUGGGCAAACAUCUCCAUGUGUAACUGCAUUUGCAGCGGGUCAAGCUGCAGCAUAUAAGAUGUUUGAGACGAUCAAAAGAAAGCCUUUGAUUGAUGCUUAUGACGUUAAUGGAAAGGUUCUUGAAGAUAUUCGAGGAGACAUUGAACUUAAAGAUGUGCAUUUCAGUUACCCCGCGAGGCCAGACGAGGAUAUAUUUAAUGGAUUCUCUCUGUUCAUCCCGAGCGGUGCUACAGCAGCAUUAGUAGGAGAAAGCGGAAGUGGAAAAUCUACCGUGAUCAGUUUGAUUGAGAGGUUUUAUGAUCCGAAAGCCGGCGAAAUACUCAUUGAUGGAGUUAAUCUUAAGGAGUUCCAGUUGAAAUGGAUCAGAAGCAAAAUUGGAUUGGUCAGUCAAGAACCGGUUCUGUUUUCAUCGAGCAUCAUGGAGAAUAUCGCCUACGGGAAAGAAAAUGCAACGGUUGAAGAGAUUAAAGCUGCGACAGAGCUAGCAAAUGCCGCGAAAUUUAUAGAUAAGUUGCCUCAGGGGUUGGAUACAAUGGUAGGAGAGCACGGGACUCAGCUUUCGGGAGGACAGAAACAGAGGAUAGCAAUUGCGAGAGCUAUUCUUAAAGAUCCGCGGAUUUUGCUGCUGGAUGAAGCAACAAGCGCGCUCGAUGCUGAAUCCGAAAGAGUUGUUCAAGAGGCUUUAGAUAGAGUGAUGGUUAACCGGACUACACUUAUAGUCGCUCAUCGGUUAAGUACUGUCAGAAAUGCGGAUAUGAUUGCGGUAAUUCACCGUGGAAAAAUGGUGGAAAAAGGUUCGCAUUCUGAGUUGUUGAAAGAUUCUGAGGGAGCUUAUUCGCAGCUCAUUCGGUUACAAGAGAUAAACAAGGGUCAUGAUGCGAAACCAUCAGACAUAUCUUCGGAAUCGUCUUUCCGAAAUUCGAAUUUGAAAAAAUCAAUAGAGGGAUCGGUUAUCAGUGGCGGAACCUCGUCGGCUGGGAAUAGCAGCCGUCAUCAUUCUUUGAAUGUUCUUGGUUUAUCUGCAGGACUAGACCUCAGUAGUGGUAGCCAACGAGUAGGCCAAGAGGAAACUGGAACGACGAGUCAAGAACCGCACCCGAAAGUAUCACUCACACGAAUCGCUGCUCUUAACAAACCUGAGAUCCCGGUUCUCCUUCUAGGAACCGUAGCAGCAGCAAUCAAUGGCGCUAUUUUCCCGCUUUUCGGGAUUCUGAUUUCAAGAGUCAUCGAAGCGUUCUUCAAACCAGCUGACCAAUUAAAGAAAGAUUCAAGAUUCUGGGCGAUUAUAUUCGUAGCUCUUGGAGUAACUUCGUUGAUCGUCUCACCGAGUCAAAUGUAUCUGUUUGCAGUAGCUGGCGGAAAACUGAUUAGACGAAUUCGAUCAAUGUGCUUUGAGAAAGCGGUUCACAUGGAAGUUGGGUGGUUCGAUGAGCCACAGAACUCGAGUGGAACGAUGGGUGCAAGGCUAUCUGCUGAUGCAGCUUUGAUUAGGGCUCUAGUUGGAGAUGCAUUGUCUCUAGCGGUUCAAAACGUUGCAUCUGCUGCGUCUGGAUUGAUUAUAGCAUUCACUGCGAGUUGGGAACUGGCGCUUAUAAUCUUGGUGAUGCUUCCUCUUAUUGGUAUCAAUGGCUUUGUUCAAGUCAAGUUCAUGAAAGGAUUCAGCGCCGACGCAAAGUCGAAGUAUGAGGAGGCGAGUCAGGUAGCGAACGAUGCAGUGGGGAGUAUAAGAACAGUCGCGUCUUUCUGCGCGGAGGAGAAAGUGAUGCAGAUGUAUAAGAAGCAAUGCGAAGGUCCGAUAAAAGAUGGAAUAAAGCAAGGUUUCAUCAGUGGACUAGGGUUUGGAUUAUCCUUCUUCAUUCUGUUCUCUGUCUACGCGACAAGCUUCUACGCGGGGGCUAGAUUGGUUGAAGAUGGCAAGAUUACUUUCAAUGAUGUUUUCCAGGUAUUCUUUGCGUUAACAAUGGCAGCAAUCGGGAUUUCUCAGUCGAGUACUUUCGCUCCAGAUUCGAGCAAAGCUAGGGUUGCAGCUGCUUCAAUCUUUGCAAUCAUCGAUAGAAAAUCGAAGAUAGACUCGAGCGAUGAGUCAGGGACAGUGUUGGAGAACGUUAAGGGAGAUAUUGAGCUUCGUCACUUAAGCUUCACUUAUCCAGCAAGACCAGACAUUCAGAUCUUUCGUGAUCUUUGCUUAACCAUUCACGCAGGAAAGACGGUUGCUUUGGUCGGCGAAAGUGGGUCUGGGAAAUCGACGGUGAUCUCGCUCUUACAAAGAUUUUACGAUCCAGAUUCCGGUCAUAUAACUUUAGACGGAGUUGAGCUCAAGAAGCUGCAGUUGAAAUGGUUGAGACAACAAAUGGGACUAGUGGGACAAGAACCUGUCUUGUUCAACGACACGAUUCGAGCCAAUAUUGCUUAUGGCAAAGGAAGCGAAGAGGCCGCAACCGAGUCUGAAAUCAUAGCCGCUGCAGAACUCGCCAAUGCACACAAAUUCAUCUCUAGCAUACAACAGGGUUACGACACAGUGGUGGGAGAGAGAGGGAUUCAAUUAUCAGGAGGACAGAAACAGCGCGUAGCUAUAGCACGCGCCAUCGUGAAAGAGCCGAAGAUAUUGCUUUUGGACGAAGCAACAAGCGCUCUUGAUGCUGAAUCAGAGCGAGUGGUUCAGGAUGCGCUUGACCGAGUGAUGGUAAACCGAACUACGAUAGUGGUGGCUCACCGGUUAUCGACUAUUAAAAACGCUGACGUCAUUGCCGUAGUUAAGAACGGAGUGAUCGCUGAGACAGGGACUCACGAGACGUUGAUCAAAAUCGACGGCGGGGUUUAUGCUUCACUUGUUCAGCUUCACAUGACUGCUUCUAAUUGAGACAUUUUGAUGAUAUAUUUUUGGUUUAUGAGAGCUAAAAACUUCAGUGUCAAAACUAGCCUAUGUACAAAAGGUUUUGUAUUUAUUUUUUGUUUUGUUUCCAUAACAUAUAUUAUUGUUGUUGUUGUUGUAUACAAGUCAUUGAAGUGAUAUAUAUUGUCUUCCAAGCAUACAUGUUUCUUGAAUAUCUUGAAUCUUUGUUGACUUUUAAGCUUAGUUGCUAAGGAAGUUAGUCAACUUCCGGUAAAAUGAAAUCCUCUGUCUCUGUUAAUUUGUGUAAAUUGUCUACGGAAUUGUCUUCAUCUACCAUUUAAUAUUGUCUGUUCUCCACUUAUUUCCCUUUUAAGUUUCUGAUUGGGUUUUGUGUUUUAAUUUGAUGUCUGAUUUUACGAGUAAGCAUGUGACUCUUUUCCCUUUAAUUAACAUACUCUGUUCAU